CAAUAACAAGGUCUUUUGUUUCGACAAGGCGCCGAAAAUGAAAGUUUAGGCUCUAGGUAACCACAAGUAAUGAGCAUAAUUUGAAUUUCAUAUUCUUUCAAAGAAGAUCACCUUUUAUUUACAUUUCUUUUCUUUCGACAAGGCUUUUAUUUUCAUAGACCUGCCCCGAAAGGGCCACAGAAUGGAAAAUUCAAGGGUCUUGUACGAUUUUACAGACGAACACAGCGCGAGCUUGGCUCUUCGUGAGAUGAACAUUUUGCGAAUGGAGAACUGUUUCUGCGAUGUGGUUCUAUCAACGGAAGAAGGAGAGGAGUUCAAUGCUCACCGGCUCGUUUUGGCCUCUGUGAGCGCGUACUUUCGAGCAAUGUUUUUAACAGACAUGAAAGAAAGCCAUGAAACAAACAUCACAAUAAGAGGAGUAGAAUCACAGGCUUUGAAAUCCUUAAUUGAUUUUGCCUACACUUCGACAUUAAGAAUCACUUUCUCCAACGUCCAUUCCUUGCUUUCAGCGGCUAGCCUACUUCAGUUUCUAACGGUGGAAAACGCUUGCUACGAUUUUCUCAGAAAUAGCAUCAGCACCAACAACUGCCUCGAUAUUUGGAACUUGGCCGAUCUGCACGACUGCACAGAACUUCUGGAUCUAGCGGAGAACUUCAUUCGCUCCAACUUUGUGGCAGUUCUCAAACUGGGGGAUUUUAAUUCUCUAACGGCGAAACAAAUUGUGAAAUUGUUUUGUCACGACAAACUCAAUGUCCCGUGUGAAAGUGUCGUACUCUUCGGAGCACUGGAGUGGGUUAAGUACGAUUUGACCAAUCGGCUCACAAAUCUCGAAGAAUUAUUAACCCAUGUCCGAUUUCCUUUGAUGACUCGGAAAUUUUUGAUGGACACGGCCGCAAGAGAGGAGCUUAUCAUGAGCAGUUCAGCGUGCCGACAAUUUGUUCUAGAGGCGAUAGAUUAUCAUCUGAUCCCUGAGCGAAGGACAAAGAACCGAAUCACGCGGGCGAUCCCGCGGGAAAGGCUCAGCCGACUGCUCUAUGUGGUUGGAGGUGAAGGUAGGGAAACCCUAUUGAUGUGGUUAACAUUAGCAAUAUUUAACAUAGGUAAUGUUUCUCUUUGGGAUACCUUGGCUCUAGAUGGGAUAAUAAGACUCUCCAUCGAAAGGUCAAGCCACCAAACAAACAAAGUUUAGUUAACGUGACUUCGUCACGUCACGGCUCACAUUUCAAGUUCGUCAUUCGCAUGCACUCAUGUUAAAAAUCGCUAUCCCUUAAACCAACCUUGUUCUAUCAUUUCGAGGUUUCCUUCUAUUCUUCUACUUCUUCUUCUUCUCCUUUUUCCUUAAUGUAUUAUACCAAUUAUCAUUUUCAUUACUGUUAUAAUUAUAAUCGUUAUUUGGUCUCUUUCUCUCGAUUUAAUGUAUAUUUUCUAAUGCCUCGAAGGCGCCUGAAAACGCAAAGAGAAGGAGCGCAGAAUUCCAUGAUUGAGGUCAUAUGUACUUAUUAACUGAAUGGGAGGGCCGGAUAGGAAAAUAUUUGGCUGAGGCAAGAGAAAAUAUUUGGACAUUAUUUUCGCUUGUCACUGGGGGGUAAUAACGUACAGCGAGGUCUGUGCGUUGUGGAUCCAAAUAUUUUCCCGUCCGGCUCAGUCAACCUUACUCAGUCAAUAAACAUCCUAUCACAUUCACAUUACUGUCGAUCUUCCCUUUAAUUUUUCCCCUCCUUCUUUUAGCUCGCAACUCGCGGGACCGUACGACCCUCAUACGAUCGAGGAUUUUUGCCUAAUACUUUUCAAUAAAAGUGCAGUUAGGGCCGUAAGGUUCAUGUGAUAUAACCUCUAACCUCGCCUCAUGUUAGGAAUUUUAAGAAGCUUGCUGAAACAUGGAUGAUAUAGUGUAAGAUUUGAGCGUCUCAUGUUGUAAAGAAGGAUUUUGAAGCAUAAGACGUAAAUCUGCAACCUUUGAUUAUUUUUAUUAGGAUAAGAAAUGAAAAACCGAAAAAACAAAAACAAACAAAAAUAAAAACAAAAGGGCUAAAGUCCAUUACUCUCUUGGCCGUGUUGAAUAGAUAAAGAUUGUUUUUAAAGACCAUAAACCAAGUCAAAUAUCGCUGUUGUGGUUGUAGAAGUGCCAAAACCGUAUCCUGAAUAAGGCCUCGUCAUAGUGCAUGCAAAAUACACCUCGAAUAUACCAACAAUGAGUUCUCUAAAGAAGAAAAAUUGAAGAAAGAAGCGGCUGAGGGGUAGAAAUGGGUUUGACGUAGAUAACCGAUUUAGAUGGAACCACUAAUUAAUAAAGUAGAAUUGACACUUGUGAUGAUGGAGAGUCUAUAGAAGAGUCAUCAUCGCAAUAUUCGAUAUUUUACAUUGAAAAUCGCAGGGGAGGUGAUUAAAAAUUAAAAAUAAACUCGUCUGAAAAAAAAAAGUCUGUAUCGACUUACUUAUUCAUGACGUCAAAGGGCUUUGUAUUUUAUUGUCUACAAGAAGGAUCAAAAUUCAUAACCGAAAAUGAGUAGAUUCCAGCCAGGUGGUAUGGCAUGCGUAAUGCCUUACUUAAUUUAGAACUUGAUGAAAUACAAUAACUGUUAUUUGUGAUUUCAAAUUUCUGCCAUUCUGCCGUUCAUGUCAACUGUACUCACGAAAAGUAGGUUGAAAUUCUCGGUCCAGACACGUUUCGUACCACGCAAAACUUAGGCUAAGCCACCUUUCUCCCGGUGCUGACGUUACUCCUUGUUCAGCGCCGGUCAAGGAUCGAGGUUACACCAAGAUUUUUGUGUAAUAGUGCUAUGCAUGUACAACCUUUCACGCUUAGGUGGAUGUGCAGCAAGAAAGCAAGAAGGAGAGAUGAAAAAAGUAGAUGUGGUGGGCAAUAGUAAAACAACCAAUUUAAAAAAUGAGACUUUUUCGAGUGAAGUAUGAGGCUACGGCUAUUAAGUUUCCUAAUCCUUUAGUCACUUAAAACUGGACUUCACCCCACAUUCUUACAUUUCACGUUCUCAGAAAACCGCAAAGUCCUAAACAAUGUGGAGUACUUUGACUUCAACGAGAAGAAAUGGCGCGUCAUUGCACCCAUGAUCAUUCCACGAAAGUUUGCUGGCUCAGUGAUACUUGAUGGUCAAUUGUAUGCUGUAGGAGGAAUUAACAGAGAAUACGCUGACCUGGUGACCGUCGAAAGUUAUAAUCCCUGUGUGGGGCAAUGGACAUCUGUUGCGUCACUCAAUAAAUGCAAAGGUGAUUAACGAAUGCCAGAGGCAUUAUAGUGUAUCAGUUUAAAUUAGCUUUGGCUUUCGUCGCUUGGUGAUAGGUUUAGAAAGUUCGUGCCAUCCUAUCCACAAAAUUUCAACCAAUCGCAACUCGGUCAGUCGUAAUUUUCCGUAUUAUCACUAGUUUGCUUGUAUUCACUCUCAAUGUUUCCUUUGGCUUUCUGUGUUAUUUUCCUUUCAUCUGAUUGGCUGAUGCCAAAUCGUUGAUUUUUGGUCUUACGCGGAACUCAGUCAAAGCGAAAGUCGGCAACUUUACCUAUCUAUUACUUUGAUCCUAAGAAACUGAUACCAAGAACUUCAGUAGGAAAAUAGUCAUGUUUAUACCGUUGUUUGUUCUUCUAUCUCAGGUUCUUUAGCAGUGUCCGUUCUGGAGGGUUGGCUGUACGCUGCUGGAGGAUCACACAAUGGUUCCGCUCUCAAGAGCGUGGAGCGUUAUGAUCCGAUCAAGAACGAAUGGACUCAGGUAGCCAAUAUGCGCCUUCCUAGGAGCCACUUUGGAAUGGCACCUCUGCAUGGGCGCCUGUACGCCGUUGGCGGGUACUGUGGGAUUUCCGAAAUCGAACAUGUGGAAUGUUAUGAUCCAAUGACAAAUAAGUGGUCCGAUAUGAGCAGUAUGAACAAGUCCCGGAUGAACCACGCUGUGGUGACAUUCAGUGAUCGUAUUUACGUUGUGGGGGGCAGUAACAGUGUUGGAAUCCUAGAUUCCAUAGAGAAAUACAAUCCUGACUUAAAUUUAUGGCUGAUAAUCCGCAACACGAUGGAUCCGCGCAGCGGAGCAGGAGCCGCUGUGGUGUUGGGUGGAGAGGAGGGUGCGCAAGAGCUUUUUAUCAUCGGUGGUCACGACACCCACAAUAGAAAUACGAAUUCUGUGAAAAAGUUGAAUCUGAAGUUUGCUGAUUACACGACAGCAAAUGCACCAUGCAUGAAUUAUCCUCGCGUACACGCUGCAGUAGCGUGCGCUUAGUAAGUCAACGUCCGUUCACAGUGGGCGUGUGUAAGAUCUUGGAGAAAGGAGGAGGUGGCCCAUUUGGAAUCUGUUGGCAAUCUUUUUCAGUCUUUUGCCCUCCGGCCAAGAUGACUGGGAACCAAUUCAAUGUCUGCAAUUUUCUCCGCAUUAAUCUACGUCAUAAACAAUUAAAGAAACCAAAUAAUUUCAAAGUUAUUAUGUGUCGAGUCAAACAGAGAAGUACAUGGUGUAUGGAUAUUUCGUAUGGGUCCCUGUAAGCACUUGAUGCUCUCACGUAAUUUUUUAUUUGACUGAAGGUUGCAGUUCUUUGGUGUUUUUAAAAAGAGGAAACUCCUAACGCCGUUCGAGCAGCAGAUAGUGACUGUGCUAGAACAGAUAGAUUCAAUUCAUUAGUGACGAACACAAGCAAUUUUAACCAUCGCUGCUCACCAAUCAGAAAAGAGAUAACCGAAGUUAUAGAACUGGCUCUUUACAAAAUUGUUGCGAGGCCUGGGUAUUACGGUAAGGUAGGCGGGAAGGAUUUACUAUAUUUCCUGAAAUAAUAUUGGUGAAUUUUUAAUUAUUUGAAAUAGUUUCGGUCAAAUAAGGAGGUUGGUUUUCUUCCCUGCCAAACAUAAUCCUAACAAAAGGAAAAAGCAAAAACUGCACUCUACUCAUUUUAAUUACCAUUUUAUUACAACCGUUUUGAAAUCGCAAAAUUCAGUCGCUCAGAUAAAGGAUUUCUUUCGUCUAUGCAAAUAUUUCAUUGACCCAUUAAAGAGCAGGUUUGUAGGUUACGCAAGUCGUUUUUCAUUUUUCUUCAUUGGUUCCUGAACUAGCCUCGAAAUCUGAUUGGUUGUUGUAUCUUGGUAAAGCUUUCGCGUUCGCUGGGAAAAAGAUGCGAUUCCGCGCAAAAAUGGUGCGUUUCGUGAAUAAAUCGUACCAAUGAGAGCUAAUCAGAUUACGAUGAUCAUUAUUGAUUUCUAAAUGGAUGUAGUAAAAGCUUGUAACAGCGACGUCACCAAGUUCGGUAAGCAUAUGUAAACUUUGUUUACUCUCUGGGACAAAGGAAUUUCAUUCAUUCAAUAUCUAUGCGAGCGGCAACAGGACAUAGGCUUGACUGAUGAAGUAAAGGCCAUAGGUCACCAACAUGAAGGGUUUGGGUUUCUCUUCUUUUAUUUUUACGUAUGAAUGGUGUGCAUUUCAAAUUAAUCAAAAUCAUUUAAGGGUGCAAAUAUCUGUGUGUGGGG